AUGGCAAUUUUAUUCAAUUUCCUGGCUUUUGUGCAUGCAGCACAACCAAGACGGUAAAACUGCUGCGAAAGUUGCGAAAAAUUCAAUUCGAUUGCGAGAAUUUGAUCAAGAGUAAAGCCCUCUUGCAGAUUCUUAAGUCUCCAUAUCCACCCCUUGGCAACUUAGAGGAAGAAUAUGGCGAUAAAGUUAAAACCAGAUGGGGAAUGAAAUCGAACACUAAUGUGACACAUGGAAAACUUAAUGCGCAUGCAACAGAAUUUGUGCCGCUCUCCAAACAAUCUGAGGAGCCCAAUAAUACAGUGGACUUGGGAAAGUUAAAGCGCCACUUUGAAUCGUUCGACGAGGCCAAUACUAAAGCCAAGUUAACAUUGCCAUGGAAGGGAUUCCCAAGGUCUCAAUUGCGGCCUGAUAAUCAAGGAACUCCUUGUAAUCCACACAUUAUCUCAAUGGGCGCCGAGGAAUAUCUGAUAGUUUCUGGCACGAAGCGCCCUAAGAAGGAAAAAGAAUCGGCCAGCAGGGAUACGAAAGCUGAACCAAAAGUGAAAUCACCGAAUGAAAAGCAGGUAAAGGAAUUAAGUAAGGAGUCCGAAGAGAAGCGACGUGAAUAUGAACGAAAAGUGGCCUUGGAAGCUCUUAAACUUGUCGAACAGCGUCGCAUGCGUGAGCCUUUGGUGCCACUCAAAAAGGUGACUUCAUCUACAAAAACUGAUGCAAAUAAGCCACCAAUUAUUCAUCUAACACGCUCGCCGGUGGACUUUAAUUCAGUAGAACGUGAACGUGUCAACCGUUUGCGCACAGCCAAGCGAAAUCGUAUUGAAUUAGUCCUCAAAGAGAUGCAUAAAGAAAGUCAAAAGCACAUCGUGCCUGAUCCAGCUACAUCUGAAGUGAACGAAACCAAAAAUCUAGCUGCUCCAACUACUACAAAUAAGACAUCCAAGAGAUAUAUACCCACGGUCAAGGAGUGGGAUGAGAAAUGCAAAAUGAAAAUGGCGAAAACAUCUAAGCAGAAUCGCGAAAAUAAGGAAAACAAUGGAAAGAAGCAUAGUGCCAGCACUCAAGGACAUUCGGACAAUCAACAUCCAUCCAAGCGAUUCACCACGACUUCAAAUUCCAAUCAUGUUAUGUUGCCAGGCAUUCAAUCUCUUAGCUACUCCCCCAAAUAUGUACCUCCUGGCCAGGUUUUACCCGGAGAGACCAGACGUGGCAAUCUUACACAUGCUGGCGUUUCAGCCACAGUGAGAUUGCCAAAGCUAAAUUCAACUCAACGCAAUCAAGUCAAGGUCAAAGUCAUUAAGCGUUAUAGCAUUCAACAGUUGCUCCAACUGGAGCCCCAGCCUGGUGAUCUCGAGAAGCCACGUCUCCAUCAGGCAUUGGAAAAAUUUGAUAUUCUCUGCGAUUAGUUUUGAAAUUAUUCUUUCUAUUUUGUUUCCAAGAAUAUGUUGGUUAUAUUUCUAUGCAAAACCUUUCAUUUCUUUGAAUUUAAUUUCGUAUUCGUUAAUUAAGCAUUUGUUUUGCUGAUUAAUUUAAAAAUGUUGGAUAUAUUGUGUAAAAUUGGAAUCAAACUGUUGUAGUAAAAAGCAUUUUAAAGGAUAUUAACCUAAAUAAAAAGUAUUAUUAAUAUUCCA